CUUCAGUUGUUUUGGAGUUUUUUUGGUGCUUGGUUUUGCGCUGUGUUGUGCUUGGGCUUGUUUGCUAGGCUAGCGGUUCGUUAAUGCUUAUUCCAGUGGAGUACAUCAGCAUUUACUGAUUGUUAUUAGUAAUAAUUCGUGCCCAUCGGAUUAAUUCGGCACUAUGGACAGCCUAAUGAAGAAAGAGGAUAGAGGGAGUCCUGAUCGAGAUCGAGGAAGAGAAAGAGAAAGAUCUAGAAGGGGCGACCGGCCAAGCCGUUUUUCGAGUAGUACUCGAGAUCGCAGUCCAGUCCGAGAGCGGAGAAAGACAGGGAACCAUACCGUCUAUGUGAGCAAUGUUGCUUACGAGUCCAAAUGGCAAGAUAUCAAGGAUUUGUUCAGAACUGAAGUUGGUGAAGUGUCACACGUUCAGUUGUUUACUGAUGAAACUGAUAAGCCUCGAGGCUGUGGUGUUGUUGCAUUUGCAACAGCAGAGCUUGCAGCAAAGGCUGUUGAAAAAAUGCACCGGUUUGAUCUCAAAGGAAGGAAACUUGUUGUUAAGGAAGAUUCUGAUACUGAGAGGGACAAAUUUGGAAGACCCCUUAGUGGCCGCAAUCGGUCAACAAGUGAGAGGGACAUACCCUCCAAUACCGUGAUGAACAGUCGGCGUGAUGAUAAUCCCAGAUCUGGGACGUGGGAUGGAGGAAACAGUAACUGUCAAUUGUCCUCUAUGAAUGUCAACAACUCUGCGCCUGUAAGUUCCUCUGGUGGCAGUUCAAAUGCCUCAAAGUUUGGCAACACUUAUGGACUAUCUACCUCUUUUCUUGAGAGUCUUUGGAUAAAUGGGCCAUUGGUUAGCAAGGUCUUUGUUGCAAAUUUAGACUACAAGGUUGACGAGAAAAAGUUGAGAGAAGUGUUCAAGCUGGCUGGAAAAGUAGUUCAUGCUGAAAUAAAUGUAGACAAGGAAGGAAAAAGCAGAGGCUUUGGUGUAGUGGAAUAUGACCAUCCUGUUGAAGCUGUCCAGGCUAUAUCUAUGCUGCAUAAUCAGACUCUUUUCGAUAGAAGAUUGACUGUACGAAUGGACAGGGUUGAAAAAACCGAUGGCCCUCCAAAGUUGCCUGAAGGUUUAAAAGGCAUUGGCAUGGGCUUGGGUACAAAUGGCUCUGUUUUAUAUGAUGUUGCCAGAAAUUUGCCUCAUAUGACAAGUCCUCAGCCACCAAGCAUUUCGAGUGUUCAGCAGUUGCAACAAGUAGCAGCAGCAGCUGCCGCAGCACAAGCGCAGGUUCAAUUGCAGGGAGCGCAGCUUGCACAUCUGACAGGCUCCAAUAGCAUAGCUCCUAAUCUGACCAAUGUGGGUGUGAGUAGCCUUCUUGGGUCCUUAAAUGUGUCAGAACUGACCAACCUCAAUCCAAACCAACCAUUCAGUGGACCCACUUUAAACACAAGUCAGACCCUCAACCCUGCAUUGGGAGCCAGCUUGGUAGGGCUCAAUGCUAGCCUAGCAUCUGGUUUAGGAGUUGGCAGUAGUGGUAUUGGGUCAUUUAAUCCCCUCAAUAGCCAAGCUCAAGCUGUUAUAGGUGGUAACAAUAAUUCUUUCAAUAAUUCGAGCAGUGGGAUGCGUAGUCCAGGAGCAAGUUUCAGUCAGUCCCGUGAUUUUGAUUCAAUGAGUGCUGCUUUGAGUGGCCAAAGUGGUUAUAAUAGGGACCGAGACAAUUUCAGGAGUGGAAGUGGAACAACACCAUCAAAGGUGGAGUGGAGCUACAACGGUUCAUCAAGACCAAUAGGUAAUGGACGAGGAGGAAGUAUUGGGAACAACGGUGGUAACAGUAUGCCCGGCAGUAGCAGCAUCCGACGACCAACCGAUACUGUUAUUGUAAAAAAUCUUCCACCUAACACAACAUGGCACCAUCUGAUGGAUACUUUCCGAGAAGUUGGUGAAAUUCUAAGCAUUGACAUGCAAGGAAAGGAUGCGGGGUUGGUCAAAUUCUCAACUGAUUGGGAAGCAGAGCGUGCAGUCAGAGAUCUUGAUCGAACUCGACUUGAUGGACGGACUAUUGAUGUCCUGUUUUAUUAUAACUAAGGUAACAGAAAUGCUGCACCCAGACACAUGUAUGCUGACUAUUGAUGUUUUUAAGUUUGGUGAUGGUGAUGAGUUUACCCAGAGUCCAGUGGACAUCAUCUGCAGUCAUCACACUUCCUCCUUUUGGUGGUUUCAACAUUGAUUGUCUCUUCAUUUCUGGAUUUGGCUUGGGAUUCCAGUGUUUACUUUCCUCCUUCACGUUGCCUCCGUGGGCUCGUUUGAUUAGUUUAGAUUUUGAUUUGUAAAUAUGGAAGUCUGUGCACAUGUCUUGUGUGAAGAACUAUGACUGCGUAGGUUUGUCUGCUGUAGGAGCUUCUUCCUAGUGCCUCUUCUUGGUCCACAUUGUUAUUGGUUUCCAGAAGAAACUUUCAGCCUGCCUAUCGUAUUCUGUUUUUAAUUCUAGGAUUUGGAAUGAACUCGGAGAAUGAAAUUCUGCUUUCUGAACUUACUUCAUUGAGAGAGGAUUAAGCUAGUGGUAAAAUUGUAUUUUGAUGAGAUCUGACUCAGUGGAUUCUUAGUUUUACUAUGGCAACUUCUUGCUUUAAGGGUCAUCUUAAGCACAUUUGAUCAAUUCUUUGCCAUCAACUUCGAUACUGUUAAUUUCAACACUUUUAAUGCUCAUUUUAUUCCGCAAAAUUCAUUGCCAAUGGGGUCUGAAAUAUUGGUGUUCUCGAGUUACUGUCUGAGAAGUUGGUUUUUUUUCAGGUGCAUUAAGUGCUGAAUGGAAGUUUCCAUUGCCUUUUACAGCGUUGAUCUGUAUUUCUUUUCUUUUUUUUUGUGCAUUUGCACGAAGAUGAAGUAAUGCGUACUCCUAUUGGAAAGACUUUUCCUCCUUUUAAAAAAAAUCUAUUAUUAUUUUGCUUGGUAUUAUUAUUUUUUAAAUAAGUGACUUCCAUGGCUCAUUGGAUAUUUUUUGCAACCAAUCAUGUUUAUUUGUUGUUUUUUAUUUAAAAUUUUUGGCCCAAUUUUGUUUGCUGUUCUUGAUGGACCAUAUAUUUGUUAUUGUGUACUUCACUUGCAAUUUAAUUCUAGAGUGAAGUCAAUGACUACCGAAGGUUAAAAAAGUUUACGAAAAGAUACAUAGUACGUACGUACAGUAUCUAUAUUAAUGACACUGUUGUAGACACAAUCACAGGAUUUUCUUUUGUAAGUUGAUUGCCGUUUUUGAGUUCAUUCAAAUAAAUACUUGAUAACCAAA